AUGGCGUGGAGGUACUUUAACAAAGAUGUUGUGCCGUUUGCUGCAAUGUUUGUGGUGGAGUGUACAACGGUUGGUGCAUACACACUGUUCAAGGCUGCAACCUUAAGAGGAUUAAGCUUCUAUGUCUUUGUCUGCUACUCUUUUGGUGUUGCUACACUUGUCCUUCUUCCUCUUUCCCUCAUCUUUGGAAGAUCAAGAAGAUUGCCUUCAGCGAAGUCUCCUCUCUUCUUCAAGAUUUUCUUACUUGGGCUCCUCGGGGUUGUGUUGCGUAUAGCUGGAGCUAAAGGUAUAGAAUCUAGUUCUCCUACUCUUGCUUCUGCUAUCAGCACCCUCACGCCAGCUUUCACAUUCAUGCUCGCCGUUAUUUUCAGGAUGGAGAAAGUAGUGUUAAGGAGCUCCACGUCUCAGGCUAAAAUCAUUGGCACUAUAGUAUCUAUAUCUGGUGCUCUUGUUGUUGUUCUUUAUAAAGGCCCAAAGGUUCUCUCUUUAACAUCUUCAUCACAUAUUAUUUCGCUUCACCAGAAUUUGACUUCACCCGAGUCAAGCUGGAUAAUCGGAGGCCUCUUGCUUGCUUCACAGUAUUUCCUUAUAUCAGUCUGGUAUAUUAUUCAGACUAGGGUCAUGGAGGUAUACCCUGAAGAAAUAAACGUGGUCUUCUUGUACAACUUAUUUGGAACGCUAAUCUCAGCACCAGUAUGUUUCUUUGCGGAAAGCAACGUGGCUUCUUGGGUGCUUAAGCCAGAUAUUUCACUUGUUGCAAUCAUAUACUCGGGUCCGGUCUACAUAUCCUUGUUUAGGCCAUUGUCUAUUGCCAUUGCAGUCGCCAUGGGUGCUAUAUUCCUCGGCGAUGCACUUCACAUUGGAAGUGUCAUUGGAUCAGUGAUCUUGUGCUUUGGAUUCUACACUGUGAUUUGGGGCAAAGCAAAAGAGGCUGCAACCAAAAGUUUUGCUGGUUCUGAGCAUUCACCGUUGUUGCUCACGCACGCCGUAGAAGAUGAAGGCGUUUGGUUAAGAUAUGAGUGA